CACCAGACGAGCAAUUCUCAACCUACAUCCCUCUGCAGUACAUCAGACAUCAAUCGCAAACAUGAAUGCCCCUGAUAGGUACGUCAAUCACGUGUGGACGCCCGGGCCGAUGCGAAGCCGGCAAAGAAGCUCUCGAUGCGGUGCGGCAUGGCGGUGCGGCAUGCCGAUGCGCGAUCCCAACCCUUCCCGAUCACACCUUUCCCCCAGGCGGCAGCAGUGGCAGCGGCGGUGCGGUGCUGUGAUCCGGAGCAGGCGCGGCGUCACGGCUGCAAGUGAUACGGAGCGCGCACUUUCCCGUCUGCUGGCCUAUAUAUUCUGCCCGCCUGACUCUCUCCUUCCUUCCUCCUCCACCUCACAACAACAACACCUUCCUUCUCUGUCACCACCACUGUCACAGCACCCAUUCACUCCUGCUUCUUGCGGUCGUUCCAUCACUCCAUCACACCUUCCCUUCACCUCAUCAACCGAUCGCGUAUCAUCCGCAAGCAUGCCGGACCAAGACAUCAACACCCCCGCCAUCAUCGGCGGCAAUCGCCAGCACCGCAAUCGGGACCGCUUCUUUAUUCGCGCCCCCUUCGCACCGGGCGUCCACGCCCGCGACAACGCAAUGAACGAAGUCAACGGCAUUGACAUCCCGGACAGAUUCGAGUCGUUCCUCCUCGCUGAAGGCGAGAAGAAGGUCGAGCAGAAGGACGAGACCCGCAUCCCCGACACGACCACCUUCACCUUCAACAAGGAAGACCACACCCUUGGCAAUCUCAUCACCGCGCGUCUCCUGAAGGAUGAGCGCGUCACCUUCGCCGCGUACAAGGUCCCGCACCCGUUGUUCGCGAAGUUCGAGCUGCGUGUCAGCACUGAUGGCACCAUCACUCCCAAGAACGCCGUGGUCAAGGCCUGCCAGGGCGCCAUCCAGGACCUCGACGUGCUUGCUCGUUCCUUCACGACCGAGUUCUUGGGCAAGAAGAUCGUACGCGAAGGGGAGGCGGAGCGUGCGGCUCGCGAGAACGCGGCCUAGUUGGUUCUGGGACUUCUUGUAGCUAGCUGCAGGACUUUGGGACUUGGGAACUUUCUUGACUUCCUUUGGCG